AUGCUCCCACCAACACCCCUAAACAAAACCCUCCUCCCCCUAACCCCAGCCCAACUCAACACCGCCUCACAAAAGUGCCUCGCCCUCCAAACGACCGGCCGAACAACGCACUCAAAGCGCCCCUUCGCCGCGCUCCUCCUGGCCCCAGACAACGAAACAGUCCUGCUAACGUCCCUCUCGCUCUCGCACGUGCGCCACGCCGAAUGCGAGCUCGCGCGGAACGCAGCAGACAACUACGCAUUCGACUACCUCGCCUCGUGCACAAUCGUCUCGACCUGGGAGCCCUGCGCCAUGUGCGCGGGCGCCAUAUACUGGGCGCAUAUUGGGCGGCUUGUGUAUCUGGCUUCUGAGAAGGAGUUGCGGAAGCUGACGGGGGUUGGGAAUGUGGAGAAUCUGACGCUUGAUUUGCCGUGUCGCGCGGUGUUUGGGGCUGGGCAGACAAGAGUUGAGGUUGUUGGGCCGUUGGUGGAGGAGGGGUGGGAGGGGAGGGUUGUGGAGGAUGCGGCGCUGUUUUGGGGGAAGGCGGGUUAG